AUGGGCAAAGCGCGCACCAAACCAGUGGUCCAAGCCAGAGUUGUGGAGCCUGCUUUCGUGGUGGGGUUGCUCUAUGCUUUGUCUACAUCCGCUGGCCCUGGUCGGGUGCUGCUUCAAUGCGUUACUCUGGCCUUGUUUUCUUGCAUUCGGUGGCGCCACCUCCAGCGCUCUUACUUUACACACUCGGACGGCACGUUGCUGCACGCUCAUUGUGUUCAGGGUAAGCGGCGCGUGCAAGGGGUGAGGCCUCCGUAUUCCUGGACAGUUCCCCUUCUGGAUGGGCUCUGUGCGGGGCUGCCGGGUCUACCUGCUUCACCUGACUGGGCUCAGGGUCUCAGCGAGCUGUUCGCAGAUUUGGCCCCUCGGGUGCCUGCGGGCACACAGCCUUUCCUGGUGCCUCGUAUUCGGCGGGAUUCCAGUGGCUGUUGGGCCCUGGGGGAUGUUCUUUGCCAGCCCAUGGGAUACCGUGCGUUCACUGAAGCCUUCAGAGGUGUGUUGGUUCAGCUGGGCGAGGGGCCCGACUCUGAGUCUUAUACCUUUAAUUCGCUUCGUCGGUUUAUGGCGACUUUGGCGAAUUUUCUUCAUUUGGAUCCCCAGCAGGCGCAGGCCAUAGGACACUGGCAGGAGAUUCCUCACGGUUCUUCGGCCGGUGGUGGCGGCUCCUUGGACUCUAUGAGGGCUCGCUUCCCUAUGGCGGAGCGUUACUCAGGAGUCAAGCACCAAGUGGCAGGACGGGUGCAGCUUGCUUGCGUGGCUAUCUUUUUCGAUAUGGUCCGACAGGCCUUGCCAUCACCCCUUCCUCCGAACUGGAACAGUCAGGUCUUGACAUGGGGUAUGCUAGAACGCUUCAGGCCGUCUUCUGAGGCUGUCUCUGCCCUACUUCGCAGGCUGGGUUCGGUCGCGGAGCCGGGUACCAAGGAUCAUCCAUGGUUUAGCGCGGAGAUCUACGCGCAGCUUCUUGAUCCAUUGGAGGAGGCAGGCCGUGCUCCAGUGUUUCGGGCGCGGGGCCGGGGUGCAAGACAUCAUCAUACAUCUGGGCGUUCUGCACCGGCUUCUUCGUCUGCAGCAUUAUCACCUGUUGUACCGGCCGAAGUUUCUUUGUCUGGAGGGGAUCAGCUGUCUUCGUCGGAUGCCUCUGUCUCAACAGAGGAGGGUAUUCCGGCGGGGCAGUCUGCUUUCCCGAAUCACUUGCUUGUGGCUGAGUUGCAAUGGUUCGUCACAAAGCGCAGCAAGAUAUGUCAUAUUGUUCAGGAGGAGGCGGAUGGCUUGUUGAUCCCUUGGUGCCGUAGCUCGGCUUUCUCGGGCUCUCCGAUCGAGCGUGGCACUAAUCCCUGUGCCCAGACGUUGGUCAUUUGCUUGGGAUGUAUGCGCCGCAUGCCCGCCGACACCCGGGAGGCCAUCAAGCUGGGUUUGGAUGAUAAACCGCCGACGUCUCCUUCGCCGCCUUCGGAGCUCGACUGCGGGUUCUACGGCGACAUCUUCGGGCUCGACUUCCUUCCCAGCACCGCCGCCUCCGAGACCAGAUCAGGCCCCACCGUAGGCAUUUUUGCCGGGAUUGUCAUGAACAAGGAUAUGGAGCCUAUUCUGAUUCCGAUGACUCUGGUCCUCCUCGCAUUGAAGAUGGACAGUGUUGGUUUCAUCGUAUUGCCGCAGCCUGUUUCAACCCAUGCUUCUGAUGGGGGGCUGGCAUCCUGCUUGGCCAUCGCUAGGGUUAAGCCCGAGCUGGCCACCUUCAUGAAGGAUGUCUUGAAGAUGGAGUCUCUUCAGGAUUUCUUCUUUUACGUGGCCAAGGAUGCUUGGGAAGCCGAGUUGGACACCAAGGUUGUGAAGCCAGCUGUGGAAGCAUCCGUCAUUACUGAAGCCAUGAAGCCCAUCCAGCUCGCUCGUGUCAGGAUGGCCUGGCAGUCCACAGCGAAGCUUCAAGAUGCCUCCGACGCUCAGUUGUCAUCUUCCAAUUCAGUUGACGAGCCACUGCCUGAGACAGCCAGACAGUUGCUGGACCAGCGGUGGAAGAAGAGGUACCCGGAUUUCACUUUGGAUCCGGCUCUCAUGGGGGCCUCUGCAAUCAUUCACCGACUUUAUCGGGAGUGGAUUCAGGGUCAGCCGACCACAGUUGUAGACCUCCAGAAGAUGCGCACCGCAUUGGCCGAGCGAUUUCAGGGUGACAAGCUGCAGAUCGCUCUUGGGGAUGCCACGUUGACGGUUACAGAUUAUGCAUCGACUGGGUCGCGGGUUCAGUUCAGGAGCGUUUCCCACUUCUACCUGCUGCACAGGACGUUGACCAACUGCUGGGCUUACGUUGGCAGUGUGGACGUGGAGUCCAAGAACCAGCCUGGGACCCAGGUUGCCAUGAUGUCUUUUCAGCAGGCCUUGGGGUACUCCGACACCAUCCUUCGCAAAGCUGUGGAUGUUGCAGAGAGCGCUCAGCUGGGCUGGUUGGCCAAGAACGAUUCGCUUACUCGGUCGCGCAUGGCAGCCCACAUGAUGCAAGGCUGGCCACCAGGUGAAGCUCUAACCAGGGCGAUGUCUGAGACGGUGGAGUGGGCUAUGCUUCCUGUGCCAGGUGCUGGCGAGCUUCGAGGCCCAUCGCACUCACCUCUGGAGAGCUUGGGUCGUGAUCCAGCAUCGAAGAGGGCGGCAGAGACUGCUCAAGCCUCGGAUGGCGUGGAGAGGCCUUCAACGAUGAUCGAGCAUGUCAGCGAGUUCGUGUUGGAGAGCAGUGCCCCGACGGAUGGCACCUUUGCGACCGGAAGCUCGCAUCGGGCAGAGGCUGCGGUGGCAAGCAUCGCAGGGCGCGAAAUUCGCGCUGCUGGGGAUGAUGAUGUCGCAGCCACUGGUGAGCCGGGUGAUGCUCGCGGCGAUUGCGUUCCUCAGAACGGUGCUGUGCAAAGUCAGCUCUUGGACUCUCGAGAGGGUCACUCCGACUUGAGUCGCCAUCGUUGCGGCGAGAUGGAUUCUCGCUCGCAUCAGCCUCAGGAGCUCAGGCGCAUUUGCAGCGAGAUCGAGGGCAUGCCAGAGGCCGAAGGGUUGAGAGUCUGUGCCUUUAUCGAGGACGUCGCUAGCAGCCCUCGUGAUGUUCUUCGUUGCUAUAGUCAGUCGAUGUCUGCUAAGCCAAUUUUGGUCAGAGCGGCGCAGUUUGGUUGGGUUCAUCGAGAUCGAUUAUUUUGGCUCAGGUUCAUCAAUGAUUUUUCUGGAGUGCAGUUGUGUCAGGGAGUCGGCGUUUCCGAGUCAGAGCGGUGUUGGACAAUGAACUUGUCAUUGGCCAAGCCUAUACCCUCUGGAGUGAACUUAGAACGGGGGUUCGCGCUUCACGUGGAUCCCAAGGCUAAUGUGCUAGAUGCAUCGUUGCCUCGCAUUUUCACUUUCACCACUGAGUUCCCUCACCCUUUCGAUGGCGGUCAUUGCGCAUCUGCCCAAGCUGUUGCUCGCUUCAGGGAGGACUCAGGUCGAUUUCCGGUGGAAGCGUAUGAGGACAUUUCCUUGGCUUGGAGGCAGGGAGAGUGGCGUACGCUCACUCCUUCGGAGCGCGCUUUGAUUCACUGCUUGCCGCCGGAUGCAGUGGGCACUAGUACUCUUCAUCAUGUGCCUCGGGAUCGUCGCACCAAGAUCAGAAACUCAUGGGUCGGUAGCAGCUCUCACAUCCCCAGCUUGGUGCUCAUCUUGUUGGUUAUGAUAACAGGAGUUCGCGCGUCCCAACCCAUGCAGUGUGUCUUUGAACAGCACCUGCGGGGCUCAGUACCAGGAUCCCCCUUUGAUGACGUUGCACUCAGGGCCUUCCCUGGACAGCGCACCGUCAACCAGGUGGUCGGGGAUGUACGCGCUAUCCUUGCCGACUGCCCUGGAUGCGCAGAUGCGCCGCGGCAUAAGGUUCUCAAACGAUUGCAGGGACAUGACAUUCAUCCCCUGUUCUCUUUCAAGCUCUUUUUAUGGCAUCGAGGACGUGAUGAGGUCACCGAGGGCCCCGCUUGGCUGGGUCAGCGCAAUAGGGCCCUGCUUCAGGCAGCAGUUGGUCGUCAGAGAGCGGCAGGUGAUUCCAAGAAAGGAUUAGAUCAUUUGCUGCCGCCCGGCCUUGACAAGAGUGAACACAUCCGAGAGGCAUGCUCUUUGGAUUCCCCGUUUGCAGUAAGCAGUGUUGUCGAUCCUGAUUUGGAUUAUGCUGCUUGGGCUUUAGGGGUCUGGGGCCCGCUCUUGCCUCGCUGGCAAGAUGGCGUCAGGAAAUGCUUGCAUCGCUUAGUCAAGGCGUUCAGUCCUGUGGAAGAGUUCUUGAUGGCACGCUCUCCAGUAGCAGGGUUGUCUUCACGCUCCCCUUUGACUUUGGCGGUGCUCACUGUGCUGUUGGACUGGCCCGACGUCACUCAACCGCUCAGGUACUUCACGGGAUUCAAAGCAGUUGGUUCUAUUGAGCCCACAGGAAUCUUUCGCGAGAUUCCUCACACACUCCAUGUUCCCGAGGACGAGUUCUUAGGCCAGCAUGCCCAGGACUUCGUUCAGGAGCUUGUGCAUCGCAGGCCGUCUUCGGACGCUCAAGCCAUUUGGGAUCUUACUCAAGAGGAGUGUGCUAAGGGAUGGUGCUCCGGCCCCUUUUCAGUGGCGCAGCUGGACCAUAAGUUUGGCCCGGGUAGGUGGCGGCCUGUUCCCAGGUUUCUCAUAACUCAGGCCAGUGGAAAACAACGCCUCAUCGACGAUGCCAAGCAAGGUUCUCACAACCUGGCAACGGACAUGGAGGAGACGAUUUACACCAUCGGCAUUGACAGUCUUCCUGUUUACGUUCGUAGAUUGGCCAUCGUGGUAAUUCACUUCUGUGGAGAGUUGCCACAUUGGUUCCUGCCUACAGCGUGCAUCAUGGAUUUGCCCGACGCCUACCGAGGUUGCCCUGUGGACCCUCAGCAGCGCGGCCUUACAGUAGCCGCCACCUUCGAUCCGAUAAAACGUCGUUGGUGCUUUUGGGUGUACACAGGAUUACUUUACGGAUUGGCAUCUGCUGUUCUUUCGUUCAAUCGUCUGCCUACAUUUCUAGUUGCUGCAGCGCGACGCUUGUUAGCUGUGGCAUGUGGCGCAUACUUUGAUGAUCUCUUUGAUGUGGCUGUGCGUAGCAUCGCUUCUGCUAGCCAGUCAGCUCUGCUUCAUAUCCUGUCGUUGGCGGGCGCGCCGCCUGCUCCGGACAAGACCCAGCCUCCCCGUGCCAAUUUUGGGUACUUGGGAGCUUCUUUUGACUUCUCUAUGGUCUUUGAUGAGGGUACUAUCACAUGUGGCCCCACGCAGGCGUCCCUGCACAAGUUGUUCGAUGCCGUGGAGUUGGCCACCGAGUCGCAGCAGCUCACGCCGGCCCAGGCCUCCAAGCUUAGGGGGCAGGCUGGUUGGACGGGCUCUUUGCUACAUGGCAAGUGUGGUAGAUUGGCCCUACGCUUUCUCAAGGAGCGCCAGUAUGCCAAGGAUGGAGAUAGUUCACUUUCACAUGCUCAAAUGCGUGAACUUCGGCUGCUCUUGCACAUCGCUAAAACAGCUCCCAUCAGACUCAUUGAGGUCCUGAAGCCCCCCCAGAAGCCAGUGGUCAUCUACUCUGAUGCGAGCUUUGAGAAUGGGACUGCCAAGUGUGGUUGGGUCAUUUUCCCACCGGGGGAGCGCCCUUUAGGCCAGUCUGUUGUCAUCCCACCAGAGUGGAUUUCACAAUGGGAGCCUCGUGAUACGCAGAUUUUCGCAGCCGAGGCCUUUUGUUCGCUGCUGGUACCUGUUAAUCUGCCUCAUGUUUUUCGUGGGCAAGAUAUUCUGUGGUUUAUAGACAACGAGGCAGCUGCGGCCGCCAUCAUCCGAGGUAGUAGUUCCUCUGCAGAUGUUGAUGCUAUAGUUCAGAUUUCAGCUAUCUUGGCCCUUCGUCUGGAGUCUAGGAUUUGGGUGGAGUGGAUCAAUUCUGAUUCCAAUCCUUCUGAUGGGCUAUCCCGUGAUGGUUUGGCCGAUGCUUGGACUUUGGAUCAGGGAUGGGAUCUCUCCGUAGCUCAGCUUCCUAGCCCAGCCCUGCACGAAACAUUGGAGACAUUGGGACUCGCGUUCGAUGAUCAGAAUCGUUUUGCAUCUUUCAUGCAGACAUUUGGCAUCGAUUCUUUCCAAUGUACACAUUAG